CUCGUCCCCCCGCGCCGCCGCCGCCGCCGCCGCCGCCGCCGCCGCCGCCCCCGGGCUCGGGGUGGCCGCCGCUCCAGCCCCAGCGCAGGGACCCUUCCAUGAAGACUGAGGCAGGCGAUACUGCUGAGAGCCUGCUAACAUGACAUCGGCCACGGAGUUUGAAAACGUGGGCAACCAGCCACCAUACAGCCGGAUCAAUGCCCGCUGGGAUGCCCCGGACGAUGAGCUGGAUAAUGACAACAGCUCAGCCAGGCUCUUUGAGAGGUCCCGGAUCAAGGCCUUGGCAGAUGAACGGGAAGUUGUUCAGAAGAAGACCUUCACAAAAUGGGUGAACUCGAACCUGGCUCGUGUGCCCUGCCGCAUCACUGACCUCUACAAGGACCUGCGGGAUGGAAGGAUGCUCAUCAAGCUGCUGGAGGUGCUUUCCGGAGAGAUCCUGCCAAAGCCCACGAAGGGAAAGAUGCGCAUUCACUGCCUGGAGAAUGUAGAUAAGGCCCUCCAGUUCCUCAAGGAGCAGAGGGUGCACCUGGAAAACAUGGGCUCCCAUGACAUUGUGGACGGCAACCAUCGCCUCGUCCUGGGCCUCAUCUGGACCAUCAUCCUUCGCUUCCAGAUUCAGGACAUUAUUGUGCAAACUCAGGAGGGUCGUGAGACGCGCUCGGCCAAGGAUGCGUUGCUGUUGUGGUGUCAGAUGAAGACAGCAGGCUACCCCCAGGUCAAUGUCACCAACUUCACCUCAAGCUGGAAGGAUGGCCUGGCCUUUAACGCCCUGAUACACAAGCACCGGCCUGACCUGAUUGACUUCGACAAGCUGAAGGACUCCAAUGCACGACACAACCUAGAGCAUGCAUUCGACGUGGCUGAGCGUCAGCUAGGCAUCAUCCCACUUCUCGACCCUGAAGAUGUCUUCACGGAAAAUCCUGAUGAGAAAUCCAUUAUUACCUAUGUGGUGGCAUUUUACCACUACUUCUCCAAAAUGAAGGUGCUGGCAGUGGAGGGCAAGCGCGUCGGCAAGGUAAUUGACCAUGCCAUUGAGACCGAGAAGAUGAUUGAAAAAUACAGUGGGCUGGCCUCAGACCUGCUCACCUGGAUUGAGCAGACCAUCGUUGUCCUGAACAGCCGCAAGUUUGCCAACUCCCUGACGGGCGUCCAACAACAACUACAGGCCUUCAGCACCUACCGCACUGUGGAGAAGCCACCCAAGUUUCAGGAGAAGGGGAACCUGGAAGUCCUGCUUUUUACCAUCCAGUCACGGAUGAGAGCCAACAAUCAGAAAGUGUAUACACCUCAUGAUGGGAAACUUGUGUCUGACAUCAACCGGGCCUGGGAAAGCCUGGAGGAGGCCGAGUAUCAGCGGGAGUUGGCCCUGAGACAUGAGCUCAUUCGGCAAGAGAAGCUGGAACAACUGGCCCGGCGCUUCGACCGAAAGGCCGCCAUGAGAGAGACGUGGCUCAAUGAGAACCAGCGCCUUGUGGUUCAGGACAACUUUGGGUAUGAUCUGGCAGCUGUGGAGGCCGCCAAAAAGAAACACGAGGCCAUCGAGACCGACACGGCUGCUUAUGAGGAGCGGGUGAAGGCUCUGGAGGACUUGGCCCAGGAGCUGGAAAAGGAGAAUUACCACGACCAGAAACGCAUCACUGCCCGCAAGGACAACAUCCUGCGCCUGUGGAACUAUCUACAGGAGCUUCUGAGGACCCGGCGCCAGAGACUCGAGAUGACCCUGGCCCUGCAAAAGCUCUUCCAGGACAUGCUGCACAGCAUUGACUGGAUGGAUGAGAUCAAGGCUCACCUCUUGUCUGCCGAGUUCGGGAAACACUUGUUGGAGGUUGAGGACCUGCUACAGAAGCACAAGCUGAUGGAAGCUGACAUCGCCAUCCAAGGGGACAAAGUGAAAGCCAUCACCGCAGCCACCCGGCAGUUUGCUGAGGAGAAAGGGUACCAGCCUUGUGACCCCCAGGUUAUCCAGGACCGUGUCAGCCACCUGGAACAGUGCUUUGAGGAGCUAAGCAACAUGGCAGCUGGGCGGAAGGCCCAGCUGGAGCAGUCUAAGCGGCUCUGGAAGUUCUUCUGGGAGAUGGAUGAGGCCGAGAGCUGGAUCAAGGAGAAAGAGCAGAUCUACUCUUCCCUAGACUAUGGCAAGGACCUGACAAGCGUGCUCAUCCUACAACGUAAGCAUAAGGCCUUUGAGGAUGAGCUCCGAGGGCUAGACACCCACCUGGGGCAGAUCUUCCAGGAGGCAGAGGGCAUGGUCGCACGGAAGCAGUUUGGGUACCCACAGAUCGAGGUCCGGAUCAAGGAGGUGUCUGCCCAGUGGGACCAGCUGAAGGAGCUGGCUGCCUUUCGCAAGAAGAACCUCCAGGACGCUGAGAACUUCUUCCAGUUCCAGGGUGAUGCUGACGACCUCAAGGCCUGGCUGCAAGAUGCCCACCGGCUGCUCUCAGGCGAAGAUGUGGGGCAGGAUGAGGGGGCCACACGGGCCCUGGGGAAGAAGCACAAGGACUUCCUGGAGGAACUGGAGGAGAGCCAUGGGGUGAUGGAGCAUCUAGAACAGCAGGCUCAGGGCUUCCCCCAAGAGUUUCGGGAUUCUCCAGAUGUGACAAACCGGCUGCAGGCCCUCCAGGAGCUCUACCAGCAGGUGUUGGCCCAGGCAGUCCUGCGUCAGCAGAGGCUACAGGAUGCCCUGGACCUGUACACGGUGUUUGGGGAGACAGAUGCCUGUGAGCUGUGGAUGGGCGAGAAGGAGAAGUGGCUAGCCCAGAUGCAAAUCCCAGACACGCUGGAGGACCUUGAGGUCGCACAGCACAGGUUUGACAUCCUGGACCAGGAGAUGAAGACUUUGAUGACACAGAUCGAUGGUGUGAACCUUGCUGCCAACAACCUGGUAGACAGCGGCCACCCUCGCAGCGGGGAAGUGAAGCAGUACCAGGACCACCUGAAUGCCAGGUGGCAAGCAUUCCAGACCAUAGUAUCAGACCGGCGGGGGGCAGUGAACUCAGCCCUCCGGGUGCGUAACUAUUGUGUGGACUGUGAAGAGACUAGCAAGUGGAUUGAGGACAAGAUGCAAGUGGUACAGUCCAUAAAGGACCUGGGCCAGGACCUGACGGGCAUCAUUUCCAUCCAACGGAAGCUUUCGGGGCUGGAGCGCGAUGUGGCUGCCAUCGAAGCCCGUGUGGGUGCCCUGGAGCAUGAGUCACAGCAGCUGAUGGCAUCACACCCUGAACAGAAAGAGGACAUUGGCCAGAGGCAGGCAUGUGUGGAGAAGCUGUGGCAGGAACUGCAGGAAGCCCUGAAGGAACAGGAAGCCUCACUGGGUGAAGCCAGCCAACUACAGGCCUUCCUCCAGCAUCUGGAUAACUUCCAGACCUGGCUGUCCAUGGCCCAGAAGGCUGUGGCUUCUGAGGACAUGCCUGAGUCCCUCCCAGAGGCCGAGCAGCUUCUACAGCAGCACGUGGCCAUCAAAGAUGAGAUUGAUGGGCACCGAGGGGACUACCAGCAGGUCAAGGCAUCUGGGGAGAAUGUGAUCCGUGAUCAGACGGACCCAGAGUACCUGCUCCUGGGCCAGAGGCUAGAAGGCCUGGAUUCUGGCUGGGACGCCCUGUGCCGGAUGUGGGAGAGCCGCAACCACUCCCUCGCCCAGUGCCUUGGCUUCCAGGAGUUCCAGAGAGAUGCCAAGCAAGCUGAGGCCAUCCUCAGCAAUCAGGAAUAUACUCUGGCUCACGUGGAGCCCCCAGACUCCCUAGAGGCUGCAGAAGCUGGAAUCCGGAAGUUUGAGGAUUUCUUGGUGUCUAUGGAGAACAACGAAGAUAAGGUCUUGAGUCCUGUGGACUCUGGAAACAAGCUGGUAGCUGAUGAAAACCUCUACUCAGACAAGAUCCUGGAAAAGGUGCAGCUGAUUGAGGACAGGCACAGGAAAAACAAAGAGAAGGCUUCAGAGGCUUCGGUCAUUCUAAAAGACAACUUGGAGCUCCAGAACUUCCUCCAGAACUGCCAGGAGCUCACUCUCUGGAUCAAUGACAAGCUGCUAACAUCUCAGGAUGUCUCCUAUGAUGACGCGAGAAACCUGCAAAACAAGUGGGCGAAACACCAGGCAUUUAUGGCAGACCUGGCUUCCCACCAACAGUGGCUAGAUAGCAUUGAUGCAGAAGGAAAGCAGCUGAUGGAGGAGAAGGCCCAGUAUGCAGCCCGGGUGUCCCAGAGGCUGGAAGACUUGCACCGGCUCUGGGAUGAGCUUCGGGCCGCCACACUGGAGAGGGCCCAGCACCUCUCAGCUGCCAGGAGCUCCUACCUGCGCUCACAGACCCAUGCAGACCUCAGCAAGUGGAUCAGUGCUAUGGAGGACCAGCUGCGGUCUGAUGACCCGGGCAAGGACCUGACCAGUGUCAACCGGAUGUUGGCUAAGCUGAAGCGUGUGGAAGACCAAGUGAAUGUGCGGAAGGAGGAGCUGGGGGAGCUGUUUGCCCAGGUGCCCUCGCUGGGAGAGGAGGCGGGAGAUGCAGACAUGAGCAUCGAGAAGCGGUUCCUGGACCUCCUGGAGCCCCUGGAGAGGAGGAAGAAGCAGCUGGAGUCAUCCCGAGCCAAGCUGCAGAUCAGCAGGGACUUAGAGGAUGAGACCCUCUGGGUGGAAGAGAGGCUGCCUCUGGCCCAGUCAGCCAACUAUGGCACAAAUCUACAAACCGUGCAGCUGUUAAUGAAGAAGAAUCAGACGCUCCAGAACGAGAUCCUGGGCCACACACCACGGGUAGAGGACGUGCUGCAGAGAGGGCAGCAGCUGGUGGAGGCGGCAGAAAUCGACUGCCAGGACAUCGAGGAGCGCCUGGGGCACCUGCAGGGCUCGUGGAACACACUGCAGGAGGCGGCGGCCGGGCGGCUACAGCGCCUGCGGGAUGCCAGCGAGGCACAGCAGUACUACCUGGACGCAGGCGAGGCCGAGGCCUGGAUCAGUGAGCAAGAGCUCUACAUCAUCUCCGACGAGAUUCCCAAGGAUGAAGAGGGUGCCAUUGUGAUGCUGAAGCGGCAUUUGAGGCAGCAGCACACGUUGGAGGAGUACGGAAGGAACAUCAAGCAGCUGGCUGGCAGGGCCCAGAGCCUGCUGUCUGCAGGCCACCCUGAGGGGGAGCAGAUCAUCCGACUUCAGGGACAAGUGGAUAAACAUUAUGCUGGGCUGAGGGACGUGGCAGAAGAACGCAGGCGGAAGCUGGAGAACAUGUACCACCUGUUCCAGCUGAAGAGGGAGGCAGAUGACUUGGAGCAGUGGAUUGCAGAAAAGGAGCUGGUGGCCUCUUCCCCUGAAAUGGGGCAGGACUUUGACCAUGUUACUCUGCUCCGGGACAAGUUCCGGGACUUUGCCCGGGAGACUGGGGCGAUUGGGCAGGAACGGGUGGACAACGUGAACCUCAUCAUCGAGCAGCUCAUCGACGCAGGCCACAGCGAAGCUGCCACCAUCGCCGAGUGGAAGGAUGGGCUGAACGAAAUGUGGGCGGACCUGCUGGAGCUCAUUGACACGCGCAUGCAGCUGCUGGCCGCCUCUUAUGACCUGCACCGCUACUUCUACACGGGCACGGAGAUCCUGGGCCUCAUCGAUGAGAAGCACCGUGAGCUGCCUGAGGACGUGGGGCUGGACGCCAGCACUGCAGAGUCUUUCCACCGGGUGCACACCGCCUUUGAGCGAGAGCUCCAACUGCUGGGCUUGCAGGUACAGCAGUUCCAGGAUGUGGCCACCCGCCUGCAGACGGCAUACGCCGGGGAGAAAGCAGAAGCCAUCCUGAACAAGGAGCAGGAGGUGACUGCCGCGUGGCAAGCACUGCUCGAUGCCUGUGCCGGCCGCCGCACCCAGCUGGUAGACACAGCAGACAAAUUCCGCUUCUUCAGCAUGGUCCGAGACCUCCUCUCCUGGAUGGAGAACAUCAUCCGACAGAUUGAGACCCAGGAGAAGCCCAGGGAUGUCUCUUCAGUGGAACUGCUCAUGAAGUAUCACCAGGGCAUCAAGGCAGAGAUCGACACUCGGAGCAAAAACUUCAGCGCCUGCCUGGAGCUGGGGGAGUCCCUGCUGCAGAGGCAGCACCAGGCCUCGGAGGAGAUUAGCGAGAAACUGAAGCAGGUGCUAUCCAGGAGAAAGGAGAUGAAUGAGAAGUGGGAGGCUCGUCAGGAACAACUCCGCAUGUUACUGGAAGUGUGCCAGUUCUCGAGGGACGCGUCCGUGGCCGAAGCGUGGUUGAUUGCCCAGGAGCCCUACCUGGCCAGCCGGGACUUUGGACACACGGUGGAUAGUGUGGAGAAGCUGAUCAGGAGGCAUGAGGCUUUUGAGAAAUCCACAGCCAGCUGGGCGGAGCGCUUCGCUGCCCUGGAGAAGCCCACUACGCUGGAGCUAAAAGAACGCCAGACCCCAGAGAGACCCGAGGAGGAGAGCGGGCCUCAAGAGGAAGAAGGCGAGACAGCAGGGGAGGCUCCCCGAGGUCCACAUCGCACAACCACCGAGAGGACGUCCCCGGGGGAAGAAGAGAGGCAGUGGCCUCAGGACCUGCAGCCGCCCCUCCCUCCAGGGCCGCAGGAGAAAUCCAGUGGGGAUGAGAGGCCCGCCACAGAGCCUCUCUUUAAGGUCCUGGACACACCUCUGAGCGAGGGUGAUGAGCCUACAACGCUGCCAGCCCAGCGGGACCACGGGUACAGCGUGCAGAUGGAGGGCUACCUGGGACGCAAGCAUGACCUGGAGGGGCCCAACAAGAAGGCAUCCAACAGGUCCUGGAACAAUCUGUACUGUGUGCUCCGGAAUAGUGAGCUGACCUUCUACAAGGAUGCCAAAAACCUGGCUCUGGGGGUCCCCUACCAUGGGGAGGAGCCCCUGGCCCUGAGACACGCCAUCUGUGAGAUUGCUGCCAACUACAAGAAGAAGAAGCAUGUCUUCAAGCUGAGGCUGAGCAACGGCAGUGAGUGGCUCUUCCACGGCAAGGAUGAGGUGAGUGCUCGGAGGCCUAGCCCAGACCCCUGCCGACAAAGGAGCAGUUGUCUCCCUGACAACGUAAGUCCCAGGGGCACCCCCUCCCUUGUGGCCCAUGACCCUCUCGGCCUGCAGGAGGAGAUGCUGUCCUGGCUACAGGGCGUGAGCACCGCCAUCAACGAAUCCCAGAGCAUCCGCGUCAAGGCACAGAGCUUGCCCCUGCCCUCCAUCACGGGCCCGGACGCCAGCCUUGGCAAGAAAGACAAGGAGAAGAGAUUCAGCUUCUUCCCCAAAAAGAAGUAGCCUCUCUGGCGCCCCACCGGCGGGCCGGGAGGGACUGGUGGGUGCACGGCCUGGGCCUGGGCCUGGGCCUGGGCCUGAUCCCCCCGCAGCCCGUGCCGGCUGCCGCCUGCGCCUGCCUGCUCCGACUGCGAUGACGGCCGGCGGCCUGGCCCAUUGCGCUGCCCUCCCUGCCUCUGCCCCUGUGCAGCCCCGGCUCCCCGCCAAGGGCCAGGGCCCCUGGGGCACAAAACGGUUUCCCAGGCACCCGCCCUCCUCAACCACCCUGCUGCCCCGGCCUCCCCACCCCUCCCCCCCGCAGCCCCACAAAAGCUGGAGAAGACGAAGGAGGUUCCUCAGACGCUGCCCACUCCCAAAGCAGGUCUUGCUUGGGGCCACUUCCCACUUGGGGAUGGAGGAAGGGGACACUGGAAAUGCCUGACCUGCCCCUUAAGGGCAUGAGGAAGGAGCUUCAGGUAGGCACACAGGGCUCUAGCUCUAGCCAAGGGGCUGCUGGAACCCAAGGGGCCUCUUCUCCACUGGGCUUACUCAGAACUGGACUCUCACCUCAGGGGCCACCACAUCCCUUCCCCGUCUUCCUCUCACCAAAAAAAAAAAAAAAAAAAAAAAAAGGUGGGGGGGCACCACCCAAGGUUGGUGGGUCCUAAAUGCAAGGGCCUCCUGCUGCCUCCGGUGCCCUCUGCUACCAGCCCAGGUGGUAAAAGGGAGUAAAAGCUCUCAAGCUGGUCCUCUUAACACAGAGCUGCAGAGCGCUCAAGAGGCCGAGGCGGCCAACAGACGUUGACGUGGCCCACGGUUCUGCCCCCUCCAUGCUGGGAUCCUCCCCGACUCCUGAACCAGCACUAUCCAGCUCAGACCCAAGGUCCCUUAGGGAUAGUACAGGUCCCAGAGAGAGAAGACGGGUGCCAGCACCUGCAGUAAAGCAUCCCAAAGCCAAAGGCCCAAGGUGUCUUGGCCACAGCUGGCACCACCUGAGGGUCCUGGCUGGACAGACAGUAAAUCUCAUGACCUAUCACUCUGGGGUGGCAAACAGAACCACAUCUGGGUACUACCCAUGUGACACAAGCCCCAGCCAACUGGGACAAAUGCUGUAUGGCACCCCUUGCUCAGCUUCUCCUGAAGGUCCUGGUCUUGCGGAAGUCACCAAAGGUCACCAAAUAUCUAACACCCCCUUCCUCAAGCACAGCCAAAACGAGCCCUGGACCCUAUUUUCCCAGAGACAGCCUUCCCCAUGUUGUUUGGAUCAGACUUCUGGAGGGAAGAGGGCACUUGUUUCAACAAGUAUCUCCCCCACCUCUCUGAAAGCAAUACAGCUCCAGCCCAGCAUCGUAUCUGGGUUUAGGUUCAAAAGAGGGGUCAAAUUGGGGGCAGCAGGUGUUUCCUGCUGAAGAGACCAUAAACAUCCCUGGGGCCUACAGCUGCUAUUCCAUCACCUUCCUUAUGAGGAGCCUUAGACACACUGAGAUGAUUCCUCUGGAAGGGGGUGAGGUUCAGGUAGCAAAUACAGAGGUACAUAUGCAGUGUUACUAGGCCUUCCCAGGCAGGAGCCCCUAGUUCAGGCACAACUUAGAGAUCAAUACCUCCCUGUCAAGGGGAAGCUAAGUUCUUCAGUGGAGCUUGACAUCCCCAGAUCAGAUGAUCCCACCUUUGUAGCCAGGGUCUUCAUUUGGCCUCUAUGCAUCUAAUCCUACAACCCUCUUUGCUUCUACAGGGAAGCUAGUAUAUACCAUUCACCAGCCUCCUCCUCCAUCUGGGGAAACCAAGGCAGGAGGCAGUGAGGUGACUAUAAUCACCUGGCAAGGAAGGAGGCCUCUGAUGCAUCUGAGGGGAUGUCCUGCUCCAGGGCAAACAGCACGUUCCUUACUGAAGAGCAGGUAGUGGCAAGAGUCUUCCUCAAUUCUUUCCCCAGGCCAGUCUUUAGGGAGACAAGGGACCCCCUCCCCGCCCCUCCAUUUGUGCCAAAGUAGCAACUGACGUGAGAAAUCUCCAGCAAGUAACUCCAUGGUCCAAAGAAUGAAAGGGCCCCAAAGGAUGAGGUAGGAUUUCACCACCCCAGGUCCCCCAGACUGGGCAGUGGCAGCCAGCUGCAUGUGACCCACCAUCUAUUGCCAGUGCCCCACACAUCCCUCUCAUAUCACACAGGCCCCAAGACAACCCACAGGACUGAAGCUACAGGAGCCUAGCUUUGGGAGAUUGUGCCACAUGGGACUAAGCUCCUGGUGCCCUGGCAAGGGUUUUCCCCUCCUUACAUUUUAUACUUUGCAGUCUCUUAACAGUAUUCCCAAACUAGGUCAACACAGCUCCAGUCCACACCAGCAUAAUAGGCUUCCUCCCAGGGCAGCUUAGAAGAAGCUCCUUCUGGGCAUGGUCAGGUGGUCCUUCUUCCCUCUCUCCAUCCCCUUCAUCCCCUGGCCUCAACUGAUUGGCUGAGGGAGGGUGUGGAGGGUCUUUAGGCUUCCCCUCCAGCCCCCACAACUAGCACCCAUAACAACAGGAAGCUUGUGGAAGGCUCAGUGUCCCCACCACAUCACUUCUCUCUCCUGCCUAUCGGAGGGCUACCAGGGUCCCCAAGGUUGGUCCUGGAUCUCUCUCCCCUCCCUCUAGUGGGAGGGGGCAAGGAUCCAGAGGACCAUAUGGCUUGGUCCCUUGGACAAGCAAGCUCAGGGAGGACAUAAGGGAGGAGGCAGCUACACAAGACUGCACCCCUGUUGGGCACAGACCACACAAUCUGGCGCCGACCCUGGGGCCAGCUGGGCCUUGUCCUCCACCUGCUCAAAUGUGCUUCCACCAACCAGAGAAAACCCAUUUACUAGUUUUUCUAAUAAAUCAAUAAUGCUCCA